AUGGACCGAGAUUGUGAAGUAAUUGAUUUAUUAGAAGAGAGGGCCGAGAUUAACAGUAAUGACGACAAUUCGUUAUCGUUAUAUGAGAAUUCGUUAUCGUUAUAUGAGAGGACAGAAAGAAGUCGAGCAGAGAAGAGAAGUCGGGUGGUAGACGAGGAAGAAGUUUGGACAGAAGUCGGGAGAAGAGGUAAAGUAGUGGCACGCAGUGCGUCUGACGAUGAUAUGACUAGAGUACCAGAAGAACAAAUUGAGAUAAGUAUGACAUCGAAAAAGGAGAAGUUACCUAAGCAAUUAGGAUUGGCCCGUAUCCUCAAGCAGGAAAAUAUAUUAGAUAUUAUUCGAGUGAGGUAUAUUAAUGCCUAUAAAGUGAUGCUAAAAUUCAGCAAAAACGAAAGUGCAGAGAAGCUAAUG